CAAAUGGGAAAGAGCCAAAAUGCCGAGGCAUGCGAGAGCCGAAUGAUCAGCCAGCCAUUUAGUACUUAUCCGUUCUCUUCCUCACGAAUACUGCUUCUUCCCUUUCCCUUUCCUUGAUCAUACCUCUACCAAACAGGAAUUGGAUUGCUUGAGAUACGCCGAUUGAAGAUGUCGGAACUACGAUAUGAUGGCCAGGUCGUUGUCGUCACAGGUGCAGGAGGUGGUUUAGGACGAGCCUAUGCUUUGGCAUAUGGAUCUAGAGGUGCCAGUGUCGUUGUUAACGAUCUGGGAGGCUCAUUCAAGGGUGAGGGAAACUCGACGAAGGCAGCAGAUGUUGUAGUCGACGAAAUCAAAGCCGCAGGCGGUAAAGCAGUUGCGAACUAUGACAGCGUAACGGAUGGCGACAAGAUCAUCGAGACGGCUAUCAAGAACUUUGGCCGCAUCGAUGUCUUAAUCAACAAUGCUGGUAUCCUUCGGGAUAUCAGCUUCAAGAACAUGAAGGAUCAAGACUGGGAUUUGAUUAUAGCUGUCCAUGUCAAAGGUUCAUACAAGUGUGCUAGAGCCGCAUGGCCAUAUUUCCGGAAACAGAAGUACGGACGAGUUAUCAACACUGCGUCUGCGGCUGGUCUCUUUGGGAGUUUCGGACAAUGCAAUUACUCUGCUGCUAAGUUGGCAAUGGUUGGCUUUACCGAGACACUUGCAAAGGAGGGUGCGAAGUAUAACAUUCAUGCCAAUGUUAUUGCCCCAAUUGCCGCAAGCCGAAUGACCCAAACCGUUAUGCCACCCGAUGUCCUCGAAAACCUCAAGCCAGACUGGGUCGUCCCACUCGUUGCUGUUUUGACACACAAAGACUGUCAGGAGACUGGAUCAAUCUACGAAGUUGGAGGUGGCCACGUAGCUAAGUUGAGAUGGGAGCGAUCAAGUGGUCUCCUUUUGAAGGCAGAUGAUACAUAUACCCCAGGAGCUAUUCUGAAGAAGUGGGAUAAGGUCUCGGACUACUCAAAUCCCGAAUAUCCAACUGGAGUUGCCGAUUUUAUGGGAUUGUUGGAGAAAUCCAUGAAGAUGGGCCCCAAUGACAAAGGAGAGACUCUUAAUUUCAAGGGCAAGGUCGCUUUGAUUACUGGUGGUGGUGCUGGUAUUGGCCGCGCUUACUGCUUAGCAUUCGCCAAAUACGGUGCUUCCGUCGUUGUCAACGACUUAAUGAACCCAGACGACGUUGUCCAAGAGAUCCAGAAGAAUGGUGGCAAGGCAGUUGGUGUCAAGGCUUCUGCUGAAGACGGAGAUGCAGUUGUAAAGGCUGCAAUUGACGCUUACGGACGCAUUGAUAUCAUCAUUAACAACGCUGGUAUCCUCCGAGACAAGGCAUUUACCAACAUGGAAGACAAGCAGUGGGAUCAAGUCAUUGCUGUUCAUCUCCGAGGCACAUACAAGAUCUCAAAAGCAGCAUGGCCAUACAUGUUGAAGCAAAAGUACGGACGAAUUGUAAACACUACCUCAACCUCUGGUAUUUAUGGCAAUUUUGGUCAAGCAAACUAUGCUGCAGCAAAAUGUGGUAUUCUUGGUUUCUCCCGCGCUCUUGCUCGUGAAGGCGCAAAAUACAACAUCUACGUCAACACCAUCGCUCCCAACGCCGGCACAGCCAUGACCCGAACCAUACUCCCGGAAGAAAUGGUCCAAGCCUUCAAGCCAGACUACAUAGCACCUCUUGUCGUAGCUCUAUGCUCUGACAAGGUUCCCGAGCCUGCCACCGGCAUGCUAUUCGAAGUCGGCAGCGGCUGGGUUGGACGAACACGUUGGCAACGAUCUGGCGGUCAUGGAUUUCCCAUCGACGAGAAGCUUACUCCCGAGGCUGUUCUCAAGCAAUGGGAGAAGAUUAACAACUUCAAUGAUGGACGAGCAGAUCAUCCCGAGAAUGGAAAUGAUGGGCUGAAGAGCAUUAUGGCGAACUUUGAGAACAGAAAGGGCAAGGGUGCGAGUAAGAAGAGUGAGCCAUCAGGUGAAAAUGCCGAGAUCCUAGCCAACAUCGAAAAAGCCAAGAAAGCGGAGAGCAACGGUACGGAAUUCAAGUACGAGGAAAAAGACGCUAUUCUCUACAACCUCGGCGUUGGGGCUAAGAAGACCGAGCUGCCACUAGUCUUCGAGGGAGACGAAAACUUCCAAGUCCUCCCAACCUACGGCGUCAUCCCCUUCUUCUCCGCCGAAACCCCCUACCAACUCAACGACAUCGUCCCCAACUUCUCCCCCAUGAUGCUCCUCCACGGCGAACAAUACCUCGAAAUCCUCUCCUACCCGAUCCCCACCUCGGGGACCCUCGUCUCGCACGCCAAGCUCCUCGAAGUAGUCGAUAAAGGCAACGCCGCCAUCGUGAAAUCGGGGAUCACUACCAUCAACAAAGAAACGGGUAAGCCGCUCUUCUACAACGAGAGCACGGUCUUCAUCCGUGGCUCCGGCGGCUUUGGCGGCGUCUCGAAACCGCUAGAUAGAGGUGCCUCUACCGCUGCGAAUAAACCUCCGUCUAGACCAGCGGACUGGGUAUCGGAAGAUAAAACAACCGAGGAACAAGCUGUCCUGUACCGAUUAUCGGGCGACUACAACCCGUUGCACGUUGACCCGGCAUUUGCAAAGAUGGGCGGGUUCAAAGUCCCGAUUUUGCAUGGACUGUGCUUUUUCGGAGUCGCGGGUAAGGCUAUUUAUGGCAAGUUUGGGAAGUUUAAUAAUAUCAAGGUGAGGUUUGCGGGGACGGUGUUGCCGGGUCAGACGCUGGUUACGGAGUGUUGGAAGGAGGGGAAUAAGGUUAUUUUCCAGACGAAGGUGAAGGAGACGGGGAAGUUGGCUAUCGCGAGUGCAGCGGUGGAGCUGCUUGGGGAGGAAAAGGGGAAGUUGUAAAUUUUGGACCUCAGGAAAGGAUUGACACUAGGAAUGUGGUAUAUGGGAGGAUGGAGAUGAAGUUUUGGUUUGGAGAUUGUAUGUUUAGCUGGGGAUUGGUUUGGUUGGCUUAGAAUGAAAAGCGUACCUCUUAUCUAUUUGAGUUCGUGCUUUAUCAUCCUUUUACAUGUCCGACUUGAUGCUAUUGCUGCUAUGACAUAGACAUUAGAAAAUGAGAGGAUUUAGAUACGUGCCUAAUAAUAAGCACGUCC